CGUCAACCGUCUUUCGGUAUUCGGGAUGCAUAAAUAUACUAUGUUGGCUGCUAGUUUAGGAAUACCACAUAUCAUUUAUUGUGUGCUAAUAGUGUCCUGCUACUACAUAGUGUUACUUCAGUAGCCUGUGGGACAGCUAGAUGUUAACCUGCACACUGGUUAGCGUUAACUAGCUGGUAGAAUAGCUGCAAAGUGGACAGUUUCACAAAGAAACGUUUGUUUAUACAUUUAUUUUAUUCUGAGUCACUGUUGCACAGCCAAUGAGGCUAACCUUGCUCACUGACCUGUUAGCAAGCCAAUAUGUCCACAUGCUAUGUUGGAUUUAUUGACGUGCUCCGAGUGUCCUGCUUGUUUACAUGACUGUUUCCAAGUGUAAAGAAGCUAAUGUUAACUGACUACUUCAACACUUGUAACGUUGUGAUCCUGAAGGCUGAACAUACUAGCUCCGCUACUCACCAGGCCACUUGGUAACAACAUCUCUCGCCCCACCAGCAGAAUGUUGAAAGGUCCUCAGAUGGGGUCCUGCCAUAUGAGGGGCUUGCUGGUUGGCGUGAGAGACUCCUUAUACAGUGCUUCUCCAAUGGCUCCGCCUGGGAACAUGUGCAGCAAGUGGUGUGCAUCUACAGGCUUCAAGACUCUCAACUCCUCACAGAAAAAAAUAGCAGUAACAGCAGGAGAUGUCUCAUUCUCCAAGGCGACAUCCCCCUCUGUUUCAGCUCCUGCACCAAGCUACGGCUGUAGACAUUAUCUUCUGAAGGCUGCUUCACACCAAAAUCUCAAAAUCAGAGCUGCUCUGUCCGUCCAUCCCCAGCCUUCUCCGCUCGCACAGCAUCCAAUAAGGCCGGAGCGCGGGCAGGGCUCCGCGUUCAACUAUCCAACACAAACAUCCAAAUGUCCCAGUACAAAUGGUGACCCGGCAAACCACAUGAAGCCUCUUCCACUACAGGACAGGCUGCAGAGCAUUAGCCAACCACCGGUAUGUAUCACCCCCGGUCAUAACCAGGGUGGCAUAUUUCCGCCUCAAAUGAUAGGCUCCGCAGCACAAAGACCAGCUGUUGCGGCUCUCUGUCGCCCCGCCCUGUGGAACCAGAGCAGAGGCCUUCACCAGGCCUGCCCCCGUCAGGCCGCCGCCCUGGGCCACUGCCUGUCCCCGGAGAACGAGCAGAGAUGCCGUGGCAGCCUGGGCCGCAACCUGAAGCUAUACGAGGCAGGGCGAGGGCUGGCUCAGGCCCACGGAAAGAGCCAGGGGAGAUGGGCAUCCAUCCUGGUGACCCUGUGCUCCGUGCAAGGCGAGCCGGCCUUCCUCUUCACUCUACGCUCCAGCAAGCUGAAAAGAAAUAAGGGAGAUGUCAGCUUUGCAGGUGGCAAGAACGAUCCAUCAGACAAAGACGUGGUGGACACGGCCCUGAGAGAGGCCCGGGAGGAGCUUGGCGUUACCGUGGCAACAGAGAAGGUGUGGGGCCUUCUGAAGCCACUCAGGGAAACAUCAGGCAUGAUGGUUGCUCCAGUGCUGGCUAACCUGGGCCCCAUUGAAGACCUGUCCUUUAAACCGAACCCAGAAGAGGUAGAGGAGAUCUUCACCUUGUCCUUCUCCCACGUGGUCGACCCUUCGAACCGCAGAUACACACACUUCCGGAGCGGCGACAAGUACGCUUACACGCUGCCCGUGUUCAACAACGGCAAGCACCGCGUGUGGGGCCUGACCGCCGUCGCUCUCGACCAUGCCCUGGCAAUCAUCGCGUCGCCCUAGCAACCUGACUCGCAUCCUGACAAUGUGAACACUUUGGAAUCAUGAUGUGAAAUCCAAGGGGCAUUUAUUGAAUGAUCUUCACGGCAAGUUGUUGAUUUGACUGCAAAGGAUAUCGAUCGGCCUGUUUAUGUGAGUUUGCGCUCGCCUAGCCAGGGGUCAAUGGCACUCGUUGGGGGAGUGAGAGGAGCCUGGCCUACUGGUUUGAGGACAUAGUGAAACGAUGCAUUAAUGGAGCAGCUGUUUGUUGCAUUGACAAUUGAACAACAAUGCAGUGAAAAUGUUCCGUUGCAUUUGGUUUCAUAUAUUUAUAAUUGUUCUAUAUAUUCUUAACAUUUAACUAUAUCCUUUAUAUUUAAAAUAAAUACAUUUCAGUACACUCAGGAAGAUAAUUCUCAGCAAUAUACAUAAAUCGACAGAGCUAUUAUUUAUUUUCCUUUAAGAUCAUAUAACCCUUUAUUGAUGGCAUUCAUGAAUGUCAACAGAUUAGUCAUUGGUUUUCAGCCACUGUUUGUAGCAUGUACAUUGUGAUUAUGAAGUACUCAGAGAUUACCUCUUCAGUGCCAUUGAUAUGGAUGGCACAUUGAACAGCUCCUCCAUGUUGUUUUAGGCAGGACCCUAUUAAAAGGUCUUUCCAAUGCAAAUCAACUGGGUGAUUAAGAUUCACUUCCCUGCAGAAGAAUUACCCUGUGUACUGGACUUGACAGUCAAUCACUGACAAUGACAUAUUAGGCAUACUGUUGAGUAGUCGAUUAAAUAAAGCUAUGUGGGAAAAGCAGUUGUCUGUAUUAAAAGGUAGCAGUAAUCUUUCAUUUUUUAACGGCUAACCAUUUCAAUAAAAAUCGUAGCUUACAAAUAAACAUAAUUUCAGAAAACUCAUUCAGCACAGUCAGUCAGAAUCAUGUCAAAUCAAAGAUGAAACCAAAGGUAAAACCGGUCCUCCUCAAAAUAUAUUACACAUACAUUUGAGCAAUCGGCUGUCAUCUGGCCAACAUAUUAACCUUGCAUGUCCUCUAUCCAGUGAACAAAAUAUGGUUUGUUUGCCUCUUUUUCUUAGCAAUACCGAGGUCCUAAGAAACAGUGUUGACUGCGGGUUCCCAGGAUCUCCGAACGAGCCAGAGAAAAUCAUGGUAAUCCCAGGGGAAAUCAAUCUGUUGUUCUUUGAGGAACCUCGUCGUUGUACGGCUUAUUUUCCCUCCCUUCGUCACGGAGUGGAACACUCCAUUGGGUCCUGGGAGUCGGGCAGCAGGAGGCAGUUGAAGGGCCAGCUGAGGGGGAUGAGAUCCA